GCUCAGUUGGACGUUGACACCUCCUAUUUUGACGCUUUUCAUGAUCAUGGUCUAACCAUUCCUUGUUCCGCCCAUCACCUGAAAUACUAGACCCUUCGUUUUCGUCGCACUUCCGCGGCUCUUGCCGUCUUCCAAACUUUGAAACUGGUUUGGCCGUACAAUGCUUAUCUUCUCAACCCUACCGAACCCGCCUAAACUUCAAGCAAGGCAUCGUCUUUGUCAGAAAGCAGGAUGUCCGAUGACCAAGGCGACAGUCCUUUGUCCACUAUCAGCAAUGUGGUUGGUCUGUUGACAUUCACUCUGGGACUUCUCACACUCGUUGUUACCUUUCUGUCCAUCACACACAGCGCGGAAAGGGAAAUCGAAGACAUACGCGAAAAGUUACAGGCGAGAGAAAGUCACAUUCGUGAGAUAGAAUGCCACUUCAAGAAACUCGACACAGAGGCACACUCAGACUGGGAAGGCAGUCAGAGUAAAAUCGACUUUCUCAUGACCCUUAGAAAGAUCAAACACCAUCAUCAAAAAGCAACAGCUGCGCUUGACAUGAACAGCAAAAAGCAUUACUGGUGGUGGUAUAAUCGACCUGACGUAAUGGGUGCCGUGGCCGCGAUUGAGACACAGUUCCAACAUCUGAACACCAUCCAGUUGACAUUUCUCCUCACGUAA